GUGAGCUUGGUGGUGGCCAAGAUUCACGAGGCCGCCGCAGUCGGUGGUGUGGUGGACAUGAGUGAGCUGCUCAAGACAUUCACAUAUGACAUGGCAUGUCGCAUCGUGUCCGGAGAAUUCUUCCUAAAAGAAGGACAGAGCAAGUUGUUCCAAGACCUCACCAAUGAUACGUCACUGCUGCUAGGAGGGUUCAAGGUGGAGGAGUACUUCCCAACAUUGUCUAGGGUAGGACUGCUUAAAAGGACAGUUCGUGCAAAGGCUGAGAGACUAAGGCAUAGAUGGGCCGAUCUGCUGGACAAGGUGAUCGAUUAUCAUGAGAACGAGGACAAGUCAGUGUUAGAUAACCAGGGUAGUAAUUUCGUCGAUAUUCUCUUGUCUGUUCAGCUCGAGUAUGGUCUCACAAGAGAGCAGAUGAAAGCUCUCCUAACCGAUGUAUUUUUCGGUUUAACUGACACAUCAUCUAACACCCUCGAAUUCACAAUGGCUGAGCUCAUGAGGAGGCCCCGCCUGAUUGGGAAGCUACAAGACGAGGUAAGGAGUAUCGAACCCCAGGGACAGGAAAUUGUUAAUGAAGCCGACAUUAGCAGUAUGACAUACCUAAGAGCAGUCCUAAAGGAGUCAUUCCGAUUUCAUCCUGUUGCACCUUUACUUGCUCCACACCUUGCCAUGGCUGACUGCAGCAUCGAUGGGUACAUGAUUCCUGCUGGGACGCAUGUCUUUGUCAAUGUAUGGGCCAUUGGUAGAGACUCUAGCUCAUGGGAGGAAAGUGAAGAAUUCAUACCUGAAAGAUUUACAGAGGAAGGCCGUGAUGUGCAUGUCAACUUUGUAGGGAGUAAUUUUAAACUCUUGCCGUUCGGGGCAGGACGCAGGAUAUGCCCUGGUAUAAACCUUGGAAUCAUGACUGUUGAGCUUAUGUUGGCAAACUUGAUGUACCAUUUCAACUGGGAACUGCCAAUAGGGGUUGAGAGGAAAGACAUUGAUAUGACAGAGGUGUUUGGACUAACUGUGCGCCUGAAGGAGAAAUUACUGUUAGUUCCAAAAUCAUGCAUGUAACGAAAUAAAAUCUUCUAAGUAAAUUUAUG